AUGUGCCAUGGUGAUAAGGUGGGGUCCGUAGUUAUUGAUGCAAUGAUCAAUGCCGUUGGGGAGCAAGAUGAUAUUGCAGUGGUUCGAAGAGGUGUAGACCCUAUCGUGGAAUGGGAUGAAAAUGGUUAUAUGAUCGCCGGAGCCUUCCCUACUUUGUUUAUGAUGGGCGGCGACAUGCUUCCUUCCGGAUCGUUUUCACUAGAGCGGGAGGCUGGUGCUUUUGGGACUGUAGCUGGAUUUAAUGGUGUUGUUGAGCCCCAAGUGGAUGGACAGUUACACUUGCACAUGACCGUUUAUGGCUCAUCGUUUACACCUGAGAUUUUGACGCGUGGGGAUUCAAGUGAGGAGUUACUGCUUUACAUUGCGGAGUGGCUAAAUUCAGUCUGUACUAAUCACUUGACUACCGACACGAGAGAGUGGCUAACGGAAUGCGGAAACAGAGGUGGUUCAUUACCGCGUGCUUGUGAGGUGACGUUACCGCCGGCUGGAGACAAUUUGGCUGCCUUUUAUCAUGCGGUUGAAAAGUCUAUUGUCACGACAAACAUUCACAGUCACUCAAGAACUUGCAUAAAAGGCAAGCGUGGACAAUCUCAAUGCCGACUCUGCCGUCCUGCAGGCAUCCACAACCAAAAUACACAGCCACUGCAUGUCAGCAAGAGCAAUGGUGCAUACACGGGACAACCUCUGAGUCCAGAACAGGAAGCAAAGCUGGACGCUGGUUAUGAUACAGCAAAAGGUGAAUUUCUGCGGCCACACAUUGCUGGUCCGGUUGUAUGGGAGCAAUUUCGCACACCACCGAAUGGUAUGUUUAUUGAAACAAAUAUGCUGUUAUCAGGCUUAACCGGAUCGCAUUGUAACUCGAGUGUCAUGAAUGGAGAAGAUGCAGGAGACAUGGUUGAUCAAUACCAGCAGAAUUACAUGACUAAAGAAGCUCCUGACAGUGGGGCACCCAUGAGACAAGGGCAAUACUUGGCGACAAGAACGGUAAAUGCUUUUGGAGGAGCGCACGAGUGGCCACUAUCUCUUAUGGUGUAUGCUUUACUUGGUGACAAAUCGUACGUAUCGUCAGAAUCGUUCUGGUAUAUCUUUCCGCAUGGGUUCAUUGAUGAACUUCGGAAGUCAGAGCAUGGCACUGUUGCUGGUCAUACCAGUGAUACUCGUGGGAGUAAUUCGUCUACGGAUAGUGGCGAUGACAGCACUAUUGAUGGAAAUUUCGACGUGGAUGCAUUUAUGGAUUCCGGAGAAGGGGUCGAUGCAACCACCCCCAUAACCGAAGCUCUUGAAGAACUAGCAACCAUUGCCCAAUCCGAAAAUUUGUCUGAUAUUAGCCUUGGAUUGAACGAGCGGCACACAACAGGUGGAGCACGUGGUUAUAAGGUUGAUGGGUAG